AUGAAAGCUACGAGGUCGCAAGUUAGCCCAAAAUUAGGGGCCAAGAGAUUUCGCCAUCGCUUUUCCCCGGAAGACGAACUCGAGCAGUGCUUCACUGAAAAUGCUGCCAGGGAAAGGCGCUUUUCAACGCCGAGUGUGAAGCAUGAAGUUCUUCAGAGUGUUGAGAUCCAAAAGCCACGGCGACUUGAUAGGUCCGGGAGUCCAUCCCUUCACGGUCAUCCGACGAAAGAACGAAGAGGCUCAGAGUCGCGAGAAAGUCCAGAUGAGCUGCAAGGGGCGGCGACCGUGCAGCCCGCCCAGGACUUCUCCCGCGAAUUUCAUAAGAAAGACGUCAGGGGCGGCUUUAAGGCUGGGAAGCAAGUGGCCCAAAGGAAGACUUCACCAGCCGAUAUCCGACCGACUGUCUUCGUCCCUUCGUCGCAUCAAGGAAAAUCCAAGCGCAAGAUUACCAAAUCUGGAACACGUCCUAGUGCUGACCGGUGUUUUCAAGCAACCUCUAUUCGAUUCGGUACUAUCACCGGACCUUCGUCGGGCGACAAGGCUGUUGAGGUACAUGUUGAUCCAAUCAAUGAGACCAUCAAAAUGGCCGGGCCCGACCCCGCGAAUUCGUUUCAGAUACCCUUCAACAAAGUUUACAAGAUCUUUCGAGGGACCUCGCCAAGCUGUAAAGUUAGGCUCGCUCUUAGAGAAGGUACCGGUGAUCAAUCGGUGGAUAUAGAUCUCACAUCCCCUGAAGCCAAGGAGGACCUUUAUGCAUUGCUCGCCGGUAGUGGGGCUAAAGUCGUGGAGAAGGAUGGGUAA